GGUCUGACUCUCGUCGAGUGGGAAGCGUCUGUGCAGAGGAAAACACAGCCAGGGGCCGCGCUUGGACUCCUGCUCGGGCUGUAUUAAUAACACUGAUGCACGGCCAAUUAGAAGCAGCCAGGGCUGGCCCUUGUGUCUCUGGCUCUAGUGAUUUAUUGACAGUAAUUACUGAGGCACUUAAUGGCUAGUUUGGAUGGGAAUUAAUUCUGGGCUGGAUAAAUAAUGCAUUAAGGUUUAUUUAGCUAAAUGCACGGCAUCUCUCCGGAGCCAGUCGCGGGAGUGGAUCUCGGGGCGAGGCUGGGCCGUGAUGAACGGCAACAGGGCGAGGAAGCUAGGAAGGUGGACGGCAGCAUGCUGACGGCUGAACCGGAGGGGACGCCGGAACCAGGAAGAUGCUGAGUCCCAAGAUCAGGCAGGCCAGGAGAGCCCGGUCGAAGAGCUUGGUGAUGGGCGAGCACACCGGGCCAGCCCCCCGGCCGGCGUCCCCGAGCCCGCAGGACCGAGUGCUGAAGUCCGGCUGGCUGAAGAAGCAGCGGAGCAUCAUGAAGAACUGGCAGCAGCGCUGGUUUGUGCUGCGUGGGGACCAGCUCUUCUACUAUAAGGACGAGGAGGAAACCAAGCCGCAGGGUUUCAUUCCACUGCAAGGCAAUCAAGUGAGCGAGGUGACCCCUCACCCCGAGGAACCAGGGAAACACCUCUUUGAAAUAGCCCCAGGCGGCACGGGGGACCGGGAAAAGGUGCCUGUCAAUCAUGAAGCCUUCCUGCUCAUGGCUAAUUCCCAGAACGAGAUGGAAGAUUGGGUGAAAGCCAUCCGGCGCGUCAUCUGGGCCCCCUUCGGCGGAGGGAUCUUCGGGCAGCGGCUGGAGGACACGGUGCAGUACGAGCGGAAGUACGGCCUGCGGCUGGCCCCGCUGCUGGUGGAGCAAUGCGUGGACUUUAUCCGGGAGCGCGGCCUCACUGAAGAAGGGCUCUUCCGCAUGCCCGGCCAAGCCAACCUUGUCAAGGACCUGCAGGACUCCUUUGACUGCGGCGAGAAGCCCCUCUUCGACAGCAACACGGACGUGCACACCGUGGCGUCGCUCCUGAAGCUUUACCUCCGAGAGCUGCCGGAGCCCGUCAUCCCCUUUGCCAAAUACGAAGACUUCCUGUCCUGCGGCCAGCUGCUCUCCAAGGACAAGGGAGAGGGCACCCGAGAGCUGGCUAAACAGGUGAAGACCCUGCCCCAGGCAAACUACAACCUCCUCAAAUACAUCUGCAAAUUCCUCGACGAAGUUCAGUCCCACUCCACCGUGAACAAGAUGAGCGUCCAGAACCUCGCCACGGUGUUCGGCCCAAAUAUACUGCGGCCCAAAAUGGAAGAUCCGGUCACCAUCAUGGAAGGCACCUCGCUGGUUCAGCACUUGAUGACCGUGUUGAUAAGCGAACAUGGACGAAUCUUUGCCGUCUCGCAGGCCGAUGUGGCAGGGGCUCCGCCCGAAGCCCGCUCCGUGCUGCAGCGCAGCAUGGUGGAGUGGAUCUCCGAGGAAGAGGGGGAGGAGAGCAGGCUGGAGAAGAGUGGCCCCAGCCCUGCCAGCUUGCCUUCUAGCAGUGCCGUGGCGCCGGACACCACUCGCAGCUCGCUGGCUAAAAACGCCUCCCAGGAGCGCAGCAGCAGGGCCAGCCAGCCUGCCACCAGCCCCAGCAAGAGAGUGCAGACGUUACCCACCUGGAAGUACUCCUUCCGGCAACAGGGGGCGAGGUCCGUCAGCCCCAAGCUGGGUAACUCAUCCUUGGACAUUCCCAAUCUACCCUCCAGCGGGAACUGGCUCAUGAACGGAUUGUACUCUCUCCGAGGCCACCGCCGGACGUCCUCUGGGGAGCGGGGAAAAGACUCCGGUUCAUCCCAAAGACUCUCCACCUACGACAACGUUCCCUCUUCCAGCCUCUCCCUGAGCGCACACAGCAUCGCCAGCACUGCCUGGUCCGCCUCGUCCUGCGAGAUCUCGGUCGUCGAUUCUGUCAGCAGCUGCCCGGCCUGCCGGGCUAGCGACUCCUCCACGUUAAGCUCCCUCAAAACAGAAUGGGCCACUCAGGGCUCGCUGUCGCAGAGUGAGGUCAAGCCUGCGGACCUAGAGAGCAGCGCGGAGAGGUUUGAAAUGUGCGUCAGCAGCUGCAGCGAGCAGAGCAACCUGGCGGCUGCUUCCAAAGACUCAGCCAAAUGCUCGAGGGCUCUGCAGAGCCUGGUCUCGGAGCUAAAGACAGAACUGAGCAAACAGAGGACUGAGUAUGAGUCAAGUAUCAAAAGAAUUGAAGCAGCAAGCGCUGAACUGAGGAAACAGGUGGCAAGGUUAGAAGAGGAGUUGGACCAGGAGCGAAAGAAAUACACAAUGCUGGAGAUCAAACUGAGGAAUUCAGAGCGCGCGCGUGAAGAUGCAGAAAAGAGAAACCAGCUCCUGCAGACAGAAAUGGAAGAGUUUUUUUCUACAUUAGGAAAUCUGACUGCUGCAAGUCGGGGAGCUAAAGUGCCAAAGUAAAGGAAGCAGCGGUACACAGACAGUGUUUUUCAAUUCCAGCACAAGUCGUUCUGUUCGGGGUUGCUCAUGCAUCAUGAGUAGUUCUGCUGCGAUUCCCUGCGCUAAGAAUUUUUGCUGUUUUGUUUACAUAUGCUAUAGUAUUGGCACUAUCAGGGACACUGACUGCGAGAGGCAAUGUUUGAAACCACAGAUGGCUGGACCAUUCCUUCCUAACGUCAAAGGGAUAACUCUUACACAGACACACCCCUGGCUCUGGCUUUACUGUCCUUUGCUGGCCAGGGACAACAGUAACGCUCCCGACAUUACUGCCAUGACCUAAGCGAGCUGAGGCGGGCCGGAGCACGCAUGGCUCCUCUGGAGGUGACCCAGCUAGCCUGGCAACACUGUUUAGCCCACAUGAUGAAUCAAGCUGGACUUUUCAGGUUUUCCUUUCAUUGUGAAAUCUGUUUAAAAAGUUCCUUGGUGGAAGUGCUUUCUUCCUGUACUUGGUAUUAUGUUAUGAAGGCGUUUUGCAAAACUAGCCAGGCACCUGAAGGCAUUUGAAAGUCUGACACCUUCAUUAAAGGUUGCUGCCCAAUUUUCCAUCCUUCCCUACUCUAAAUAUUAUUUGCACCAAAUGUGACUUAAAAUACGUGACUAAUAAAUCGCUUGGAGGGGCAACCCCCCUGGAGAUUUAACUCAACACUUGCCACCAGUCCGUGUCCUUGUCAGCCAGGCUUUGCACUGGUCUGAGGUUUGAAAUAACGACUGUGUCAUUAAUUGCAGAAAUGGAGUUCAACGCGGGGCUGAGAGAUUGCUGAUUUCCAUGCUGCUCUGUUAAUAAGUGCCUGUUAGUUAAAGGCCACAAUAUGGAAACUACCAAAGCACCUCAGAUAUGACAGUAGCAGGAGAGUUUUGACUGCAGGCUUAAAUGUAGCUGACAUGCACUCAUAUAAGAGACUUCAAGUACUAGAGACAGAGUCUGCUCCUUGCUGAUUUAUCCCAAUUCUCACCUGGCAAACAGUGCUCUCAGAGCCAGAGGUGCUAAGUCUACCCAGUCUUGCAUUUCUGUGGCACUCCACACACACACCCCCUCUGCUAAGGCAGAGAGGUCAACUGUUUUGUUCCCCUCUCCGCCCCAGUUUCUGUAGUCUGCAUGGGAGAAAUUGUCAGUGAAGGAAGCUAACAGGAGGGGAGCAGCCGUGCUAGCCCCCACUCCCACCUCCCAAGGGCGGGAUGAGCUGACCGAAGGGACAGUUUGGGGCUAGGGGUAUGGUGUGGGAGCUGCUGUGGGAUUUUCAGAGCUGCCCAGAUCACUUCUCAGUUUCCUUUCCGUUACAGGCUUUUCAAAACCUGGGUGAUUAUAGUUAGAGCAGUACCCCUGUACCAUCCCAGCCAUCCCCACUGUAAGCAGCAAGCUAGGAAUGCUCCUCUUUCAGCUAAUCCAUGCUGUUUUAUUUCCUUCUUGCUCACGUGCACCUCAGUACCAUCCCAUCAUUCCCAUUCCCCUUUCUUCCCACAGUAAUAGGAGUGUUGCAAAUGAGCUAAAUAAGUAAAACCUCUUCCGCUCAAGCCUUGCUUGGCUUUGAAACAAGGGCCAGUUCUAUUAGCACGGUGAGACUUUAAAACAGCAGUUCUCAACCUUUCCAGUAUCGUACCCCUUUCAGGAGUCUGAGAAGUCUUAUGUACCCCAAGUUUCAUCUUACUUAAAAGCAGCUUGCUUACAAAAAUCAGACAUAAAAAUACAAGUGUGACAGCUCCCAGUUACUGAAAAAGUGCUGACACUCAUUUUACCAUUCUAAAAUAUACAUCAACUGGAACGUACACAUUGUACUUACAUGUCAACAUAGUAUAGAGAGCAGUAGACACAAGCCGCUGCCUGUAUGAAAUUUUAGUUUGCACUGACUUUGCUAGUGGUUUUUAUGUAUAGAACCCAGGCAAUCUGCAGACAGCUGCAGAUACAAAUUUUAUCUAUGCAGGGCUCAAUUUAUGCAGCCUGUUUCAAAACUAGGCAACUAUCUAGAUUGAGUUUAUGUACCACCUGUAAAUUUUCAGCGCACAGCUGGUUGAGAACCACUGCUUUAAAACAUGGCUCAAUUUGAAACGACUGAAAUAAACAAUCACACACUCCUCCUCUCCAGUCCAGGCCUUUCCACACCAAGCCUCUGCCCCAGUGCAGGGCUGUAAAGCACUGUCAGUCUCCUGCCUGUUCCUAGGAGUAGCCUACCACCCACAGGGGCUGAAAGGAGCUGCAUUUUGCCUUGGCAGUUGUUUCAUCUUCACAUGUAUUCUACUGUGACUCCAUUCAAGCCAUCCGAGACACAGCCAAGGGAACUAGGAGCCACUUCGUCUAGUCAAUGUAGAAGUAACAUUCCAAGUGGCUCCUUGGCAUUUUUCCUACACCGCCAUCAUCAAAAAUCAACCCUCGCCUGUGAGCAGACAGCACGUUCAGGAGGGAUACCUGUUAACCCGCAUCUCCAGUGACAAUCAAGCAGACGCUUCCUUACAUCUGCCCAGCUCAAGGGAUCAGUGAUGAGAGCUAGAGAUUCUCCUCUCCGUGUAAUCCAGAGACACAGCAACCAAACUGUUAACUACCUCCAUGGCCCCCUCACUGUGAACCUGGCACCGCCCUGUCCUUCUGUAUUUAUCCUCACUCUGCCCUGGCAGGCAGGAAAUGCUAGCAACCCCGCAGCACGGAUGGAGAGUAGAGGCACAGAGAGGCUAAGUGUCCAGGGUCACGCAGGAAGGCUACGGCACAGUGAAGUUCCCUCCCCCAGCAGCAGCUCCAACAUGAAGCAUCCAGGCAUCUAGUCUCAGCGCCUGCACAGCAGCCUCUGUUCCAUGAAGGGGUGGUUUCACUCACACAAGUCAGGCUGGGCUGAGAAGGCAAUUCAGGGAGCUGAUACUGUCCCCUGCUGGCUACCACGCACAAACUUCUGUUUAAUACACCUAGUUCAGUGCUUCUCACACUGCGGGUCGAGGUAGCCAGGGCUGCCUUGCUGGGGCAGAGCUCAGGCCUUGAUCCGCCUCCCUGCGGGCAGGUCAUCAUUUUUGUUCUCAAUGAAAGUUGGGAGAACCCCAGAUCCAGUUCUAGAUCGGUAAGGAAACCUCUCCCCCUUACGGCUGCACAGAACACAUUCCGAUCAGACUGACAGUUAUCCAUUGCAGCGGGGUCUGUCGGGGGCUGCAGGCCAUUUGUAACCCGAGCAGCACAAACUGCUCAAUGGGUGUUAACGCUGAAACCUAACAAUGGCAAAUGACAUGUUAACAUUCUGCUGAGGAGAGUGUGCAAGAAGCAGGGGUGUGUUUUGCGUGAUCUGUGCCAUCUAACAGCUGUGGUACUUCCACCUGAGGGGCUACCAACCCAGAAAGAAACACCUGCAGACUGGGGAAGCAGGGGAAGAUUAGAUCCUACCGAGGUUUGCAUAAGGCUGCUGUUCUAGGUUUUCAGGCACAUUAGGAUGCAGCCUAGUUUAUUCAGUUUCUGGGGUGCCUGUAUAUGGCAAGAGACCUUACAGCUCUGUUUCAUCAUACAGCUUCAUGAAGCUUUUUGCCCCUAUCCCUCUCGUCAUCAAGACUCACUCACGCAGGUAGUGAUUCUUUGCUAUUUUAUGACAACCCCCGAAGAAUUAUCUGGCUUUGGCCCAGUGGAUAAUUGUCCCUCCUGGAAUAAGCUCAGACGCAUUAGUAUAACACUCCAAAAGACACAGGCAGGCCCUUACAACGAAGCGAGUCCUCCCCCCGGCUUUGCUUGACCACCAUCCCACCCAGAAACACUCCCGCCCAUUCCUAGCUAAUAUAGGUGGAAACUGCAGAAGGGUUAUGACAG